AUGUUAAAGUGGAUUAUUGUCAUUGUGUGUCUUCAAGAAAUUACGUUGGUGUCAUCGGCAGCGGGGCGAAGUAAACUCAUCUCAUAUGCACUUCCUGAAAAUAGAGAACUCAAGAAAGCCUUAGGAUACAAUGAAGAUACAUACUUAACUUUUCAAGAAUUAACUACAAAAUAUGGUUAUGUCUCAGAAAAUCAUACAGUACGAACUGAAGACGAUUAUCUUCUGACUGUUUUCAGAAUACUACCACGAUGUAAAGUCAGAGGCUUUCCUGUAAUAUUGGUUCAUGGCAUAUUCGAUAGCUCGGAUACUUGGAUAUUUACUGGCCCGCAGAAUGGGCUCGCUUAUAUUUUAUCAGAUAAUUGUUACGAUGUUUGGGCAGCUAAUAUGAGGGGUAACACAUAUUCUCGAAGACAUGUAAACUUAAAUCCAAACACUGAUGCAGAAUAUUGGGAAUACUCAUUUGAUGAACAUGGAAAUUAUGAUGUACCAGCAGUUAUUGACUAUGUUUUAGCUCUCACCGGAACCGCUCAAGUUUAUUAUAUAGGCCACUCACAGGGCACUACGGAUUAUUUUGCAAUGGGAUCUUUGAGGCCCGAAUAUAAUAACAAAAUUCGUCUUUCUGUUCAAAUAGCUCCAAUAGCAUUUCUUAAAAAUAUAAGAAGUCCUGUCCCGAAAUUAAUUUCAAUUUUGACAGAGGAUAUUAAAAAUUUCGCGGAAAAUGUGGGACUUAGAGAAUUAUUUGCCAAACAGCAUAUCUCUCAUGUCAUAUCCGAGUUUCUUUGUCAGAUAGCCCCAAAUUUAAUAUGUGGUACUGCUUUAUGGUUUUCAACAGGUAAUAUGCUAGGAAGCAUAACUGCAAAAAAUCUAGCUAUCGGUAUAGGACAUCUAUUUGCCGGUGUGUCUCUAAAAACUUUAGCUCAUUUUGGACAGUUGAUAAAUUCUGGCAAGUUCCAGAGGUACGACGAAGGUGUAAAAGGCAAUAUGUUAAAAUAUGGUUAUGUAGUUCCGCCAAAAUAUAAUGUGUCACUUGUAUCAUCUCCUAUGGUUCUAGUAACUGCGGAAAAUGAUUGGCUGUCAACUCUAGAGGAUAUAAAAAUUUUAAGUUCUAAACUGCCAAAUAUAGUAGAUGAAUACAUUGUACCCGUACCGACAUGGAGUCAUAAUAAUCACUUGUGGGGUAUUAACGCCACUGUCUAUGUAUUUAAUAGAAUUCUUGAAUACUUUGAGAGAUUUAAUACAUGA